CCCUAGCGAGAGGCACAGGCUCGAGGGACCAACCUUACCUCACAUCCUGGCUUGCCCUGCUGGGGAAAGGUGGGGUCCGCUGGCCAGACCCUGACAACCUUCCUGAGCCCCGGAGGUUUCAGCCCUACCACGACUCGCUUUUGCAGACCCUCCCUUAGCGGGAGCUUCUGCGAGUCUGGUCUGAUACCUGCCUCAUCUCCAUUGUGAAUUGCUGUAGCUCCACCCCAGGCCUACAGCAUGCAGUCCCAGGAGAGUGGCGUUCACUACAGCAGGUGGGACAGCAGCAGCCGGGAUGAAGUCAGCAUGUCCGCCAUGUCCAGCUCAGAGGAGGCCUCAUGCUAUAGGAGGAUCUCCCAGAAGCUGUGCUCUGGCAAGCUGGGGAUAGCCAUGAAGGUGCUGGGUGGAGUGGCCCUCUUCUGGAUCAUCUUCAUCUUGGGCUACAUCACUGGCUACUACGUGCACAAGUGCAAAUAAAUGCUGGCCCACUCCCA